AUGCUUUGCGAAACACGAAGGUUUUUUUGUGCUCAUUCUCACGGCCAUCAAUUCUACUUCUCCGCUCUCAUCAAAGGUACCAAAUUUAUUGGUAAUAAUACCUUUGUGUGCUUUGAAAAGGGAAGGAAUCCAUGGUUGAAGCAGUUCAGUAACGAACGAUCAUCAUCAACAAUUUCAAACAAAGCUUCGGAAAGAAAUUACUCCUUGAAUCGUAAAAAUGAAAUUAAAACAUUGGAUCAAUUCUUUGCACAACCAAAGGCUUUUGAUGCUGUGUCCUUUAUUAACCAAAAAGAUUUAAAUUUUAGUGAGGCUUUGAGAGUUUACAAUGCAAUCAAACCUCAAGAUAAGACGAUCAAUCUAGUGUGUGCAAUGAUAUUUAAUUGCCAACGAAACAACCAAACAAAGACGAUGAAAGAUUUACUCCAACUGUUAGUGGAAAAAUUAGAGAAUUUCAAAAAUGUGGAGCAAAGGAAAAACCAACAUGUAAAAGAUCAUACAUGGAAUGGAGUACUUACGGCGUUGUGUAUUAAUUCUGAAUAUGAAAAUCAUGCUGUUGAAUGGUUUUUCUUCCUUUUGAAUAACAAAGUAGCAAAGCUAUACGAGAAAACAUUUGGUUUAAUUAUGAACAUACUUUCUAGAAAUGGAAAUGUAGAAAAAUGCAAAGAAGUAAUGGAAUUGAUGAGAAAUGAGCAGGUACCUCUCAACGUGUUCCAUUUCUCCAUGAUGAUGAAGGCACUGAUAAAAGCAAAUAGACUUUCAGAAGCCAUCUCAUUAUUGGAAGAUAUGGAACGUCAUGGAGUCCAACCUGAUGGUACAAUAUUCAGCACAUUACUGUCUGCAUGUGCUGAUUGUGAUGCCGAAGAACAUGGAAGAAAAAUUCAUGAAAUCAUCAACUCACGAGGAUUGCUAAAUGAUUUGAAUGUGAAUAAUUCGCUCAUAAAUUUCUAUGCGACACGCAAAGAUAGUGAAACCGCUCAGUCAUUAUUCGAGCAAAUGAGAAGGAACAAGGCCCCAAUGGACGUGAUCACUUGGAAUUCAAUGAUAAAAGCAUUGAUACUAUCAGACCGUCUUGGAGAAGCUGCAAAACUCUUACAAGAAAUGGAAAAGUGCAACAUACAGCCUAACUCUGUAACAUUUACUACUUUACUCUCUGGAUGCGCCGCAACAAAGUCAUUUGAUAUUGGACAACAUAUGCAUUGGCUAAUAGAAUCCAAAGGCUUCACCGAUUGUACCAAUGUCAGCAAUGCACUACUUAAUUUUUAUAUCAAAUGCAAUCGCCCAGAAUUGGCUGAGACUCUAUUUACAGAGAUGUUGAGAGAUGGAAAGAGUACUGACAUCAUUUCAUGGAAUUAUUACUUGAAUGCAUUAAUAUUAUCGAAGAAAUGGAACACAGCUAUUGAUUCCAUAAAGGAAAUGGAAAAGAGAGGAGUAGAACCGAACAGUACUACAUUUGUAACCUUACUGAAUGCAUGUACGGACAACACAAGAAUUGAAGAAGGAAAACACAUUUACUCCAUGACACAAACAACACAAAAAUUCAGCAACAAUGCUGCGAUUUUGAAUGUCGCUAUCAGAUUUUUCGAAUCGUGUGGAGACAACGAAUCAGCGCUUGCCAUCUAUGAGAACAAGAUGAAUCCUCGAGAAGUCUUCUCUGAGACAUGGCAUUGUAUUACUCGUAGCAUGAUUGCCUGUAACAAACUUUCAUCUGCAAUAAGUGCGAUUGAGUCACAUAAGAAGACUGGACUAAAAGUCGACCAUAACUUGCUCAUCACAAUGGUUCAUGCGUGCACUAUGGCCAAGUCUCUCGAAUAUGGAAAACGAGUUCACAAACUUGCCACAUCCAAAGGAAUCUCCAAUUGCCUUCCUCUUAACAAUGCCUUAAUUAAUUUCUAUGUGCAGCUCAAUGAUAUCGAGAGUGCCAUCUCGUUGCUGAAUAAUAUGCUUCAGUUACACGCCAAAGGCAAACCUUUCUCUUUCAAUACUGAAUCCUACAAUUAUAUACUCGAGGGCUAUUCGCAACGUGGCUUAAUUACCAAAAUAUUACCUCUUUUCAAAGGAAUGGUUGCCAAUGGCAUCAAACCAACCGAGCAAACAUUUACGAGCAUAUUAAGAGCAUGCACUAUUGGUGAGUCCAUAGAUGGACACACUGAAAAAGCUCUCUCGAUUUACAACGAUAUGGAACGAUUUUUUGGAGUUAAACCAACACGAGAGCAUGCCACUUUAUUAUUGGAUCUUCUUAUCAAGGAAAAAAGAUAUAACGAAGCAGAGAUGGUUAUCAUGAAUGGACCCCUAGCACACGAUCAUGCAUCAUGGCUUGCCGUAUUACUGAACGCAUGUCAAGGUGUUGACACGGAAAGAGCUGACAAAAUUCGCAACCUUUUAAAAGAAGGAACCAUCACGAAUGAAUGUAAAGAUGGAAAACAAUAA